GCUGAGCUGGCCCGCCUGAAGGUGCAGCAGAAGGUGAGCCGCAACGAGGACCUCCUGGCCCCGGAGCAGGGAGCGAGUGCUGGAGCCUCCCAGGUACCGCGCUACGUCCGCGUCAACACCCUGAAGACUUGUGUGGACGAUGUGAUCGACUUCUUCAAGCGCCAGGGCUACUCCUACCUGGGCAAGGCAGGCAGCGUGGAGGAGCUGAGGGCCCUCUCUGGGAAGAAAUUCUUCUUGGAUCUUCAUCUCCCGGAGCUGCUGGUGUUCCCUGCGCAGACGGACUUCCAUGACAACCUGCUCUACACCUCGGGACACAUCAUUCUGCAGGACAAGGCCAGCUGCCUCCCUGCCUUCCUCCUUGGCCCUGCUGCUGGCUCCCACGUCAUCGAUGCCUGCCCUGCCCCAGGGCACCACCUGGCCGCCAUCCUGAAGAACAAGGGCCAGAUCUUUGCUUUUGACGUGGACACCAAGCGCCUGGCCACCAUGAACACCAUGCUGAUGCGGGCUGGGGUCACCGGCUUCCAGCUGGCCCAGCAGGACUUCCUGACCGUGGAUCCUGGAGCCCCCAAGUACAGCAAGGUGACCCACAUCCUCCUCGACCCGUCCUGCAGCGGCUCAGGGAUGGUGAACCGGCUGCCGAGGGAGGAGGCUGCCCCGAGUGCCGAGCGGCUGCAGGCGCUGGCUGGUUUCCAGCGCAAGGUCUUGAGCCAUGCCCUGAGCUUCCCGGCUCUCCAGCGCUUGGUCUAUUCCACCUGCUCGCUGCACCGGGAGGAGAACGAGGAGGUGGUGCACGCCGUGCUGCAGGAGCGCGGCUCAGACUUCAGGCUGGGGCACGCCCUCCCCCCCUCGCCCCUCCCUGCCUUCCCGGGGGCCGAGUGCUGCCUCCGCGCCUCUCCCACAGCCACGCUUACCCACGGCUUCUUUGUGGCUGUUCUGGAGCGGUGCAGGGAAGGGGCUGCUUCCCCCAGCUCCCUACCUGCGGCAGCAGAGGGGACUCCACAACAUGGAGCAGGAACAGAGCCAGGAGCGGCUCCCAGGAAGAGGAAAAGGAAGAAGCAGCGGGUGAAGGAGUGA